AUUUGAAAACGGAGAACACGUUCGUGAAAAACCUGGAUAAGUAUCGAAUAUUUGGGUUUAUUACAACCAAAUCCACGCGUGAUCGAUUUCGCCUGGUGUCGGCCGACACCCAGGAAGAAAAACGUGUUAAGAGGGAGAGGAGAAAUUUUCGGUGACAUCGUCCUCGCGAAAGUCAAGUGUGAGGUGAACGAUUUUCACGGCCAGACUAGCGCUUGUGGAAUCGAACUCGACCAACAAAAACACCGACCAUGGAUCCGGAAGCAUUCCUCGAUAUCGCCAAUCAGGUGAUAAAGCUGAAGAUGUUCCCCUACUUCGACAUUGCGCACAGUUUACUGUGCGCCUUGUCGGUUAAGGAGGAUCUCGGUGCCGGAGCGCAAGCAUUCUCCCGCAAGCACCCGCUUGCAUGCUGGCUAUCAACGAUGCUGGUUGUCUUUGCCGGUGGAAUGGUCGCGAACGGACUGCUGGGAGAACCGAUCCUUGCCCCGUUGAAGAACACCCCACAGUUGCUCGUGGCCACGGCUUGCUGGUACAUUGUUUUCUACACUCCAUUCGACAUCGGUUACAAGGUUGCCAAGUUCUUGCCAGUGAAGCUGGUUGCCAGUGCCAUGAAGGAAAUCUAUCGCGCCAAGAAGAUCCACGAUGGUGUGACCCAUGCUGCCAAGUUGUACCCUAAUGCGUUCAUCAUCAUGAUCAUCAUCGGUACUCUGAAGGGCAAUGGAGCUGGUUUCACCAAGCUGCUGGAACGAUUGAUCCGCGGUGUAUGGACUCCAACUGCCAUGGAAUUCUUGCAGCCAAGCUUCUACACUAAGGCCUCGCUGAUUGCAUCCAUUAUUUUCGUGUUGGACAAGAAGACCGACCUGAUCUCCGCUCCACAUGCCCUCGUCUACUUCGGCAUUGUGAUCUUCUUGGUUUACUUCAAGCUGUCGUCGAUACUGCUCGGCAUUCACGAUCCAUUUGUGCCAUUCGAGAACCUGAGCUGUGCAUUGUUCUUCGGUGGUAUCUGGGACAGUUUGGCUAAGAUCCUCGGCCGCGGACAGGCCAAGGAAGAGUCCAAGGACGCCAAAAAGUCCAACUAAGAAACGCGUCUGCCCUGGUGGUAGAUGCAACGCUCAAGACGACUUUUUACAUUAUUUUAGUUUUAUGUUAUUCCUGCGAUUUUGUUUUAAGUUUGUACACACAAACACACAGAUCGGUGCAAUGUGAACGCAAUGCCUGAGUGGCUUUUAAUUUUAAGAACGAACUACAAAUUAUAAUAGCUAGAUUGAGGCAUUCUAGUCAAAAGAUGAGACAUUUUGGAGACAAAUUAGAUUGAUGAGAAGAACGACCAACGGAAACGACAGGACUUAAAGCAACUUUCAACUAUCAUUCUCGAUUAAACUGAACCCAAUUCUCAAUGCAAAUUCAAUCAAAAUUGAAUACCAACACGACUGAUAAAAGCACGAUUUGAUCACAGUGGGUGAGAUUGAAUUGUCCUUUUACCUUGUUCCAAUGGUUCAAAAGAAAGCAAUACACUAUAAACGACAGUUGUUCUAGUAUUAAGAACGACCACAAGACAAAAACAUUCAUUUUACAAUUAUUGCAAAUUGAAGUUGGGCAAAUAUAUACAGAUGAUUCGAUCAAUA